UCUCGAUUCACCCGGCUUACCGACUUCCGUUCAACAGGAGAGCACUUAAAGAGCAAAUACAAACAUCACAUCUAGGGGAAAAUAUGGCACUACCACAAACUCUUCGAUUCAGGCAACUUGACACGGAAAUACAUUAAUCAAUUUCUGCCAAUAGGGGCAACUAUUCUAUGAAUAACGCGAUAUCAUUCCGCGUAACACGCUGAAUAACACUAGUAGGGAUUCACUUCGAUGUUAUCCAUUGGGAACUCGUAUUAUUAGCACUGGUAGUUUUGGUUUCUUUUACACUGGCAUCGAUGGAUUGUGAAAACUAGCAUGUCGAUUAAGGGAUAUCCUCUUAAGGAACCGUUGACUGUCUUCUUAUAAUAUACGACGUCUAAUACACCAGCCUUUGGAGUUGGACUGUGCGCUCAAUCUGGACUUAAAUCUUAUCGGACUGUGAUACUCAGCAAAACAGAAGAGUUUAGCAUCGUACUACGAUCAUCAGGCUGGAGUCGGGAGCCCCAAAUCUCUCCAACAUGAACUUUGAAAUCCCAGACGGUCUCGGAGAUAUGCUGCGAGACUUCACGGUGGCCGUCUUAAGGGAGAGACCUGGUGACAUACAUGACUUUGCCGUGGAAUAUUUCACUAAGACUCGCGAUCAGCGCAGACCAAAGUCAAUACCAAUGUAUAUUAUUGUAUCUGAUGACGAGGAUGCUGGUGAGCCUGACCCUGAAAAAUUAAAGCGAAAAACAGAUAAAAAUUCAUUCGGCAGACGACAUUCUGUUUCUGCUGAGCGUUAUGACCCAGAGGCUGACGAAGGCGACGAUGAAAAAGUUGUCUACCCGAAAAGUGAUUCAGAACGUAAAACUUUACAAGAUGUCUGUAGAUCUAUUCUUAUAUUCAAAACAUUAGACUCUGAACAAAUAGCUGAUGUAAUCGACGCUAUGUUUCAGAAAAAUGUUAAACCAGGGGACUCUAUAAUUCGACAAGGGGAUGACGGUGAUAAUUUUUAUGUCAUCUCCGAAGGAACAUACGAUGUUUUCGUCAAAGUUGAGGGCAAUGAUAAAAAGGUGCAUACGUUUGAUGGUAAGGGGAGUUUCGGUGAGCUAGCCUUAUUGUACAACAUGCCCCGAUCGGCCACUGUCAACGCAACGUCUGAUGGAGUCCUAUGGGCUAUGGACAGGAAAUCUUUCCAACGAAUUGUUGUAAAGAGUGCGUUCAAAAAGCGAAAAAUGUACGAAGGAUUAAUUGAGAAUGUCCCUUUGUUAAAAAACCUAAACGACUACGAGAGAAUGAGCCUUGCGGAUGCUUUAGUGUCAAAAUCUUUCUCAGACGGCGACACCCUUAUGAAAGAGGGGGACGAGGCUGACGGUAUGUACUUCAUGGAAGACGGCAUUGUGCGAAUUACAAUCAGCAAAAACGGGACGGAAACAGAAGUUGCUCGACAAGGUCGGGGAAAAUAUAUCGGUGAAUUGGCACUUAUCGAGGACAAGCCAAGAUCUGCAAAUGUCAUUGCAGUCGGCAAGGUCAAAGCUGCGUUCCUGGACAAAGACGCCUUUGAAAGAAUCUUAGGAAAUUGUUUAGAUAUCAUGAAAAGGACAGCGCAGAAUAGCUACAAAAAUAACUGAUUUACAACAAGCAUUUGACCAGAGAGACAUCUAUUGGUUAAUAUGUAUCUCUGGAUUGAUUAUCUCCAGUCUCAUAGUUUUUUGUAGACAUUUUGUAAAAUUAGCAUUUGAUUGUCAUCGGUCUUUACAAGUGUAACAGUGUAUAUACUAAUCAUGUAGUAACAGUAUCGAAUUACAAAAUUUCCAUCAGAUCAGACUUUAAGUUUAAUAUAAAAAACAUGUUUAAUGAUCAUCAACUGAGGUGUAUAAACGUACACUGCAAUAUUUAUAAAAUGGUGAAUUACAGAAUGUGAUGGAUAUUUUGUUAUUUCUGCUUGUUUAUACUUUCAUAAAACUAUUUAAUCAGAAUAUUCAAUAGCUUCAAAGCACACGAUGAGCUUAACUUCUCCGAUGAUUUAUAUCGAAACGACACCGAUCAUCAAACUAAACAACUGACAUUCUAUAUUAUCUAUAUUAACAACAUUCAUCAAAAGUAAACUAUAGGUCAUUUCUAGUUGAUUGAUCGUUUUGAUCUCACAACAACAACAAUAUAAAUACAACCAUUGAUAAAUGAUCGUAUGAUACGUGAAGAAAACAUAAGAAUCAAUCCUCCAUAUAUAUUUUGUUAAAGAUUGGUUGUACCACAAUGGGGUGUUUUUGAGCAUGGCUAGCUACAAUGGCAUUGGUGUCAACCUACAGUCAUGUUAAAUCACAUGAUGC